AUGCGCAACUUACACAUCUACCUCUCAGCGCUCUCAAUCCUCCACCCAGUCCUUGGCAUCCGCCAUGGCUCGUCAGAAUUACGGGACCUCGAAGCCUUUCCCAAAUUCGAGGUUCAAUUCCUGAACCACCUCCCUGUCGCUGAGAGCGAGGCAAAGCGGAGUCAGUCGGAAGGGAUCCGCAGGGAAGAGGAGUGGGUGCGCUUCAGACCAGGCUCGCCGGGUAUGCAGCAGCUAGGGGACGGAUCGGCAGAUUGGGCGCCAGCUGAAGCAGAGCGGCUCGAGCUCAUCCGCAUGGCAUUGAAGAACCCGGCGUCGAACGAGACGCAGCCAUACCUCUGCCUCAUGCCUUCUGCUUCGAAACGGGCGGAGCAGAAUGUCCAGGCCGAGGUGGAGCCGGUGCAUGAGGAGAUCGAUCCGUUACAGGCUUGGUCUGCCCUGAGCCAUCUGGAGGGGAAGUGCCUAUAUGCCAAGCAGGGUUGGUUCACCUAUGCGUACUGCCACGACUCUCACCUUCGUCAAUUCCGCUCAGCACCCCAUACACACCCCCACCCUCCAGGCGGUUACGUCCCAGAGGAAGACCCCACUUACGAUGCCUACACCCUCGGGCAGGCCCGCCCUUCUCCUCGGAAGCAAGCUCGCUCCUCCCUCCCUCAAGCCAAAGCAGCGCAAGCUCAAGCUGGCAAGCCCAAGGCGGACACUCCAGUAGACGGCGGUCAUUCCGUCGAUCGGGCCGAUUCGGUAGCCCACCCCUCCUCCGCCAUCUCUUCCUCCUUGAGCGGCGCAAAUCGCUAUCUCGUACAAAACUGGUCAGACGGGACACGGUGCGACAAAACGGGCCGGCCACGCGAGACGGAAGUGCAAUUCCACUGCAGUAUGACGACCAAUGACCAGAUCUACCUGAUCAAGGAACUGGCUAUCUGCCAAUACGUCCUGAUCAUCCACUCGCCGCACCUCUGCUCUCUGCCGGGGUUCCGGCCGGAGAAGGUGGAUGUGGAGCCGGCGGGCAUCCAGUGUCGGCAGGUUAUGAAGGAUGAGGAGUACCGCGCAUGGCGGGAACGAGAGGAUCUGGGGGAGCUGCCAAGCCUCCGGCCGCCGGGAUUGGAGGCGGAGUCGACGAUUGGCGGGGAUAUCGCGGAUAGCGAGGGACCGAGUCUGAAGGAGUUGCUCAAGAAGGCGUAUGAGAGCAAGCAGGCUCAGCUGGGCGGGGCGGGGUCCGCCAAGGACGCCGUGCGCGGCAGUGGGGACCAAGCAGACGUAGCAGGACGCGAGCAGGAAGUCAUGUUCAUCUCGAUCGAGGAGGACGAGGAUGGCAAUGCGGCGAUGGUGCUCGAUACGGAGGCGAUGCUGCAGACCAUACUAGGGGAGGCGAAGACGGAGGUCCAGGCGGCGAUACAGGCGGCUGGGGAGGGCGGGCACGAUUUGGCGGAUAAGGAGAGGGAGAUGAUCAUCAAGGCGGUGAGAGAGUUCUCGGGCCGGACAAGGGCAUCGAAGGGCAAGGAGGGGGAUGACGAGUUCGAUGAGGCAAGAGUAAGGGACGAGUUGUAG